AUGCCAAACAAAAAAGUUUACAAUAAUGAGGAAAGCACAUAUCAUGUUAACAAUUUAUACAGUGAGCAAGAGAUUAAAAAAGUUACUCAAGACUAUAUAAGUGAAAAAAUUAGAGAAUUAAAUUAUAUGGAAAAUGUCCGAUAUUCUAAUAUACGAAUAUUUUUGAGUUUAAUACUAAUAUUUAUUGGAUCAUAUUGCUCUAUUUUUGUUCAAUAUAAAAAAAAUCCACUACUUAUGAUAAAAUUAUUGAUCGCUUUUUUUGUAGUAUCAGUGGCCUUAUUCAUAUUCGAAUAUUUUUAUUUUGAAAAUGCUUUUAUGAUAUUAAAAACAAAAAAUGAAGCAGAAGUUAAAUUAUCUUGUAAAUUAGACAAAGAAAAAAGUUCUAUUAUUUUAGUUUUUAUAUCAGAUAAGAAAGUUCAUUCAACUCAUUUUGACCUAAAGAAACUCUUUAAUGAAAAUGGAUAUUUAAUUAAAAAUUACGCGGAAAAUAUAUUAAAGGAAUUUCUUUCAAUUCAUGGAAAAAAUUUUAAAUUAACAAAUGGAAAAUAA